AUGUCUUCCCCAAGGGACCCCACUCACGAUGAAACCGCAAGUCUACUUCAACAAGAACCAGAAGGCUCAGCUCAUCCAGAUUUGACCAAAGAACCAGUUUACCCUAGUUGGAUUACUGCAGUUGUGCUGUUAUGCGGCGGGGCGCUUCUUUUCGAUCUUUCCAAUAAUCUGGGUGAGGUCGCCGAGGUCGCUAUCUUGGAAGACAUAGUAUGCCGAGAUUAUUAUGCAAGGUCUGCUGUAAACACUAUUCUUUCUGCUGCAGAGAGAUGCAAGAUAGAGCCCAUUCAGACGGAGAUUGCAUUACUCAACGGUUGGAGGGAAACGUUCGAGACUAUUCCUGGUGAGUCCAUAAUUUGGGGAAAGCGUGACACGAUUUGCCUUCUGUGGCUAGUAUCACCCCUGCUAAAAAGAGGUAUGACUACUGCAAAGGUCGAUAAAACAUUGUUUGCUAAAGACGCAUGCAUUAGAACAACUGUCUUCUCUCAAAUGACAGCGGUUAUCUUGACUACGGAGCUGAUUGCACCCCCGGUUGGUGCAGCGCUAAUGACAAAAAGUCCUUGGAUACCGUUCCUCGCGUCAACUGUGAUUGCUGCAACUUCGGUUAUUUGGGGAGUGUUAUUUUUCCCUGCAAUCCAUAAUCAGACCAAGCCAACCUCCACUUCAUCUGACGAGGAGCGGCCAGUUCGUACCUGGUAUGUCUCUGAAAAGAUCCGAGAGCUAUACGAGCACCUCUCGCAUAAUAAGAAUGCUGCACUUGUUGUUGUCUCCUUCUUUGUCACACUUGUGGGGACACAUGCAUUUGCACUGCUGCUGCAGUAUAUCUCAAAAAGAUUCCACCUAUCAUAUGCCGAGGCAUCAUACGUGCUACCACUUCGGGCUAGUUUUAACCUGUUGUCUCUAUUUAUUCUACUUCCCGCCAUCACAGGUCUUCUUGAUCGCAAACUUGGAUUUGAUAUGGCCAGAAGAGACAAGAUACUUACUCAAGCCAACGCACUGUUGAUGCUUCUGGGGUGUCUAUUUAUCUUUAUGGCGCCAAAUCUAAUCUUCCUGAGUCUUGGAGUUGUGGUGUUCGGUUUGGGAUCGCCGUUUUCUGUCACGGCUAGAACAUUGGUGACUUCCCUCGUUGAUCCGACAUCAUUGAGCACAGCCUAUACACUUCUCAGUGUAAUGAGCUCAAUUGGAUCGCUGGUAGCAGGGCCUCUGUUGGCAGGGGUGUACCAUCUGGGGAUGGUCCUUGGUGACACAUGGCUCGGCCUUCCGUUUUUUUUCGCAGCGGCAUUAUACGGACUUGCACUGGUCGCUAUAUCUGCUGUGAAGGUUACUGCAAGAACAGCAUGA